CACAUCCGCUUGAGGUGGUGAGGCUUGGGAGCUAAACAAAUUCAAAUCGACGGAGUUCGUUACUGCGUGCGGUCGUUGGUGUGGUGUGUUGGUCGAUCGUUGUGCGAUAAUAUUGAGAAAUACUUAUUUGAAAAAAGAUAUAUAUAAGUUGGCCCUUGAGAUUUAUUAUUUUUGAGAAUAAGUUCUGUACUACGAAUUGACGAUGGCGUUGAGAAAUCGGACAGCGCUUACGAAUAUAGUGAAUCAAGAAAACACAAAGAAUGUCAAAACCAUGACAAAUGGAAUAACUAACCAGCCGAUAAGACGAGCUGCCUUAGGGGAAAUUGGCAAUAAAGUAAAUACUGCCAGAGUUGGUGAACAGACAAAUAAAACGAAAGCAGUUAAAAAACCAAUCUUGAAAUCUUCCUCCAUCAACACCAACGUUGUUGUGGGAAAACAAACGAUACAAGUGUCCAAGCCGAUAGCAAAAAAGGAACAACAGCCCAUCGUCAUUAAAGUAGAACUUCAUGAGGAUGAACAAAUUAAAAAACAACCCGAAGCAUUCUCGUCUGAUCUUCUGUCGAUAGAAGACAUUGAUGAAAUUGACAGAGAAAAUCCAGUAUUAGUAUCAAUUUACAGCAACGAUAUAUACAAUUACUUGAGGCAGCUUGAGAAACAAUAUCCUAUUCCUAAAGGCUUUUUGCAUGGCCAAGAAGUCACCCCCAAAAUGAGGAGUGUUCUUGUUGACUGGUUAGUCGAAGUUCACCAGCAGUUCCGUCUACUACAAGAAACUCUCUAUUUGACGAUCGCCAUCAUUGAUCGAUUCUUGUCAUUGUAUAAGUUGAUAACACGGAAGAGGCUGCAGCUUGUCGGAGUCACAGCACUGUUCAUAGCUUGCAAAUAUGAGGAAAUGUACUCCCCUGAUAUAUCUGACUUUGUCUAUAUCUCCGAUAAUGCAUAUUUGAAAACAGAAAUAUUACAAAUGGAAAUGUUAAUUAUACGAACACUCGAUUAUUCAAUGGGACGACCAUUGCCACUUCACUUCCUUCGAAGAUACAGCAAAGCAGGCCGGGCACUCCCAGUGCAUCAUACAAUGGCAAAAUAUUUUUUGGAGGAAAGUUUGGUGUGUUACGAACUCAGUCAUUAUCCACCAAGUUUGAUAGCAGCAGCAGCAAUCUAUCUAUCAUUUUUUGUGAUUGGAAACGAUGAUGCUGACGAAGGACUAGUGAUUUGGACGAACACAAUGGUCCAUUACAGUACUUAUACAAAGGACGAUAUACUGCCAGUAGUCCGAGACAUCGCGAGUGCGGUGGUGAACGCGGAAAAGAGUAAAUACCAAGCAGUUCGGAAGAAGUAUACUCACGCGAAGCACAUGAAAAUAAGUCUCCGUCCCGAAUUAAAAUCGCCUACGAUGCUCUCCCUCGUGAACGUAGUCAAGAAAGAAUGAACCUUUUUUCUCCAUUUUGUAAUAUAACGGUGAAGCUAUUUCAUUUUAUCAUUUUUUUUAACAUGCAUAUUUGUAAUAUUGAAUUCAUCGGAGAGAAAAGUCUUUCGGGAGUUUUCAUUGUUUGUUCAGUGUCACAAUAUUAGAGAAAAACCGUAUACGGACUCAUUUGGUCGACAAGAAGUGAUAGAGGAUUUAAAAAAAGAACAAAGAGAUGCGGCAAAAGAACAAGACUGAAUGAACCGGAAGCAUUGUUGGAAAAAUUAUUUUUCUUUUGUUUAUUCUUUAUUUUUUAUUUUUUUUUAAUAUUCCGACAUUUAACAAACAAAGACGCUUCGAUUAAUGUGUAAUGUUAACGUCUGUCAUCUGUGUCUCGUCGUAUGCAUUUUAGCUAGAAAUUAAUAGGUAGAGAUAGUCGAAGGCAAACAUAUAUAUAUAUAUAUUUAGAUUUAUGGCGUAUAUACGACAUCAGACGCUAACGAGAAAGUUUAGAAAGAUUU